AUGACGGUCGACGACAAACUCAAACUACUAGCCUCUACCGCAAUCCAGUCUCUCUUCUCUACUAAUGCUGUGACCGCGCCCAUCGCGUCUUUCGACCUCCUCACCCGUAUCGUCGCCUCGGGUCUUUCCCCACGCAGUCUCUUUCCCGCCGCGGGGCCUACACCCAAACUCCGACUUACCGACCUAUCGCGCUUCGAGCGUAUCUUGGAGGCGUUAUCUGAAAGCUGGGAUGGCGGCAAGAUCACGCUCUCCAGGGAGGAAACAGAUGGCGAGCUCACCGUGAUGGAGGUGCUGCUGGGUGCUGCGCGCGAGGGCCCGACACCGCGCGCACAGUCGACACCAGUCGGCAAGAAGAGGAAGCGGCGCGUGGUGGAUGAGGACGACGAUUCCGCUGCUGAGCGCGCUGCGGAAGAGGAGACACCAGAGCGUGCCGAAGCGUGGAAGCCGCCCCCCAGCACGCUUGAGAGCCUGAACAAGACCGUGAAGGAGGUGUACAAUCUGAUGCAGCAGGCUACCGCCAAGGGCCGUCUCCUCGCUGAGCAGUUUCGUUCCAUCAGCGGUGGCUUUGAGCCGAUAUGCGCGCAGAUAACCAAGGACGAGUGCGCGAAGGCGCGUCGUGCUGCCCUUCCUGAACACAGUCCCUCCAAAUCUCUGCCGGUCAUAUGCGACCGGAUCCACUUCCGCCCUCUCCUUCGGCCACACACCGACCCCGGACUGGGACACUGCUCGUACCUGAACACAUGUUACUCGGAGCCGACGUACGCCCAGUCGCCGUCGAUCCCUCCACUUCCAUCGCAUCGACAGAGUCAGUACGGAGCACAAGGCCAGGGCCCUGUAAGCCUCCCGAGCGGGCUCGGUGCGGGCGGACGGGGCAAGGAGAAGGCGCCGUGCAGGUACCUGCACUUUGAGGUAGACUGGGAUGUCAACGACGGACAAGGCAUGGCGGAGCAUAGACAGGUUGCGAAGAGGAAGCCUUACAAGCUGCCGCUUGGUUUAGGGCCUGGGGGUAAGGAGAUGAUGUCGCUCCUCCCACCACAGUGGAUCAACUGCGACUUGCGCAGGUUUGACUACUCAGUUCUAGGGAAAUUCCAUGUCAUCAUGGCCGACCCACCAUGGGACAUUCAUAUGAGCUUGCCUUACGGAACCAUGACGGACGACGAGAUGCGCGCGAUGCCCAUCCCGACGCUCCAAGACGAAGGCCUGCUCUUCCUAUGGGUGACCGGGCGCGCGAUGGAGGUCGGGCGCGAGUGCAUGCGCCACUGGGGGUACACGCGCGUAGACGAGGUCGUGUGGGUGAAGACGAACCAGCUGCAGCGCGUGAUCCGCACGGGGCGCACCGGCCACUGGCUGAACCACACGAAGGAGCACAUGCUCGUCGGCGUGAAGACGGUCGCGGACGCGGACGGGAACCUCAAGUUCCCCGCGUGGGUGAACCGCGGGCUCGACACGGACGUCGUCGUGAGCGAGGUGCGCGAGACGAGCAGGAAGCCGGACGAGGUGUACGGCAUGAUCGAGCGCAUGUGCCCUGGGGGCCGCAAGAUUGAGAUCUUCGGGCGGAAGCAUAAUACGCGGCCUGGGUGGUUGACUCUGGGCAACCAGCUCGGGCCAGACCAAAUAUACGAGGAGGAUCUACGGGUGAGGAUCAAGGCAAGGUAUCCGGAAAGACUGCCGAACCCGCCUCCCGACUUGCCCGGACGUUGAAUACUGAGGUUGUUCCAGACUCGAUCUGCUUUCGUGCUUCCCGGACAUGGACCGUAGCUCUGCCGUUGCUCGCUCUCGGACACUCGCUGUACUGACGUGUGAUGUGUACCUGUAAGCAAGUUGUGUGUAUAUCAGCCGCCGGGCUUCCUUGAC